AUGGUAUUUAUGAAAAAAAAGAAAAAACACAAAAAGAAGAAAAAAAAGCAUAAGCAUCAAAAAGCAAAGAAAAGGGUGAAGAAGAAAAGCAAACAUACUAAGAAAAAGAAAAAAGCCAAAGUGUCAAGUACAGAAAGCAGUAGCAGUGACGACAGUUCUGACAAGGAUGAAAAGCAAGAACUUGCCUUAUGGGUGGAAAGAAAAGACAGAGAUAAUGAAGAUGAAGAGGAAGAUGACACAGUGGGACCAUUACCUAAGUCGCAUGUACAACUAUCUGCAAAAGAUUAUGGUAAAGCCUUGUUGCCUGGAGAAGGUGCUGCUAUGGCAGCAUAUGUUGCAGAAGGAAAGAGAAUACCCAGACGUGGUGAAAUUGGCCUGACUAGUGAAGAAAUAGAAUCAUUUGAGCAGGUUGGAUAUGUCAUGAGUGGUAGCAGACAUCGCCGUAUGGAAGCCGUACGUCUGCGUAAAGAAAAUCAAAUCUACAGUGCUGAUGAAAAACGAGCUCUUGCUAUGUUUAACAAGGAAGAGAGGCAGAAACGAGAGAACAAGAUUCUUUCUCAGUUCCGCGAUAUGAUUCAUGCAAAGUUGAAAAAUAAAUAAUUUUGGAAGCAAAAAAAAUGUAUAAACAUUAUAAAAAACUCGUAAUUGUAUAGUUGUAUAUAUAAGCCAUUUUUCAUACUUCAAAAUGUCUCGUUAUUAAUUUUAAUGGGAAAUAAAAAUUAAUAGUGAAAGAUAUACUAGAGUGCAGGAUAACCAGUUUUUCUUUCCAUAAUUAUAAUCAAAGAAACUUGAAAUUUUUGUACAAUUAACGAUACAACUGUAUGUGUAAAUUUAUUAAACAUAUUUGAUUUUGCAUGACUA